UAUCGACAUAGAUAAAGUCAUGGACGAAAUAUUGCAAUAAGGUGAAAAUAAUAAAGAACCUAAUGGAAUUUGGACUCAUUAAGAUGAAUGUUAUGUUGUCUGUUGCCGAUGUGCUUCUUGCGACGUUUACAUCAUCACGUAAGCAUAAAAUUGUGCAUGUGUUAAGUUGAUGCCUACUGAUUCAAACUAUUUAUUAUAUUUACUUCAAUUUCUAUCAACUCUACUAUUGUAAUAUAUAGUUGGCUUAGUCUCUUGCAAACCUACUAUCUUUUCUAUGUGAUGGCUUGGAUACAAAAAAUGGUCAUGUUGUUAUUCCAUGUCUCUCAAUUGAAGAUAAUAUAACAAAAAUAUACUUUCUAGUUCUGUACAAAAUUUAACAAACAGAACACGUGCUUGAUUCUUUUGUUACGACGAGUUGCGACGAGUACGGCUUUGAGAGACGAUAAUGAACAUAAGUGAUAUUUUACAGAUCAGUUUGGAUGUUUUUUAUAUUGAUAUAAAGAAAUUUCUUUGGUAACAAACUUGGUAAUGCUAAAAACAAUAUUGUUUACGGCUUAACAUAAAUGCUCAAGACAUAAACUGAUAAUAUUUUUGCUUGAUUUACGUAAUAUAUGCUUUCUUACCCUAGACCUUGUGUUUUUCGUUCAACAAAUGCCUUGAAAUGUCUGUCUUGCAAUGAUAUACCCCAACCCAAUGAUUGCAAUUCAAUAUCCGAAUGCGGUCAGCACGAGUAUUCCGGAGAUAAUCGAUGUAUCUCGAUUGUCAACUUCGGACCCAAUGGCAUAACAACGACCACCCAGGAAUUUCUAAACUGUAAACGGAUCUCGGCUUUCGGCUUAGGUCCAAAUUCAAUGUGUGCGGCUGUCUGGCUGGAAUGCUUUACCGACGUCCAUGUGACGCCUAGUGGACAUAUGCUUUUCACACUUCGAUGCCGGGACCAAAGGCAAUGUACAGUUCACAAAAUACAACUUUCCGAUUUAUCGUCGGAAGGUCAUAAUGACACCGCGAAAGCUUGGUGGGACGAAAUAGAUAAUGAUAAUGAUGGUGUCAUGAGUAACUCUGGUUCCCUUCACAAGCGUGAUCUGAUAGUCUGCAGCCAGUGCUGUCCUACUGGCGAUGUUUGCAAUGUUCAUCUGUGUGGAAGCAAAGGCUACUCAAUGCAACGUGGCCCUCUUUGCUACGCAUGCCAACAACAGCAAGGGCAAUCGACAUGUCCCCGAAUACAAGUGUGCGGGCAGGACGAGGCUUGCUUUAUUGAGGAUUUGAGCAUCGCUGAACAGGCAGUCUUUCAUACUGGAUGUUAUGGGGUUCGAAAAUGCGCAGCGAACCAUAUGUUUAUCGAACCCCAUGCCCUUAUCGGACGACGUUCUAUGCAACAACCAAAUGACACCGACGAUGGUGGUUUCGAUGAUUCGGAAGAUGCGCCUCCGACAACAAGACGUUGCUGUCGAACGGAUUUCUGUAAUUAUGAUUCAUGGGGGAGCUGGCAGAGCUGGACAGCAUGCACUGCUACUUGUGGAUGGAGAGGGGUUCGAACUCGCAAACGGGCCUGCCUAAACCAGAACGGGAACGCGUGCCCGGGGACGGAGGUAGACUAUGAUAACUCCUUCGCCGACAAAGACUCUACAAACAUCGUGUUACACAGACCAAUACCAGAUGGGAGGAAAUAUCCUCUACGCAACUAUGUGCCGUGAUAAGAGUCUUUGUUUGGCAGGUGGAAAACGUUUCAUAGAAAAUGCAGGAGAAAACAUCAUAUUAUCUCAAUAUUGCGAAAACAAAGACCUUUGUAACUACGAACUUUGCGGGAACGAACGUUUUUGGUCUGAUGAAAAUAACCAAAAACGGCCGAGAACUUUACAAAACUUCUUGUAUUGAUUCAAAGAGUUGUAAUUCUGUACCGUUCGCCGACCCCAUGUAUCCGAAGUGUUGUGACACCAACCUGUGUGACUCCUACAACAAACCUGAUACCGGUCACCACACCCAACAACCCACACAGUCCUCAAUCCGUCCACAAACAACGUCUACGACAGCUCUAACCCACCCACCAACAACGUCUACGACAGCCCUAACCCUGCCUCAAACAACGUCUACGACAGCCCUAACCCACCCACCAACAACGUCUACGACAGCCCUAACCUAGCCUCAAACAACGACCACGACAAAUCCUCCCCUUCCUCUGGGAUUGGGCGAGUGGGAACCAGACAUAUGCCUGGAAGCAAUGUAUAAUAUAAAGGGGAAUAGGUCUCAUUGGAGGACGUGUUACAACCCGACUGAUAAGCCAGGGAUCGGAUGUUAUGACGGAGAUGUCCAAGAAGCUGGCGCAACUAUAAAUGUCUGUCAUGGAGGAAUUGGGAUUCCGUGUCAACAGGCUGAAAACGUGCGAAUAAAAGCAAGAAGCCAACUGCCGCUUGGAGGCAAGGUUACAUUACACUGUAUCGCCGAUGGUUAUCCAACACAGCACGUAAUAUGGAGGUUACCGAAUGGGACCAGCUGGUCAAGGCGCAAUCUUGUCAUAGAUGGUGUGACACAGGCGGACGAAGGCGAGUACAUCUGCCGCGCAUCUAACCUGUGUUGCUAUGGAACGGACACCAAAGACAUCGAGACGAGGAAACAUAUCAGUGUCGUUUAGCCGAGCGUAAUAACUGACUACGCAAAUGAAAUCCAUAUCAUGUAUUAAUUGAGACUCUUUGUAAAUAAUUAUAAACACAUAACUUGAAACAAAACACUAGUUUUUCUGAAUAAGUUGGCGAUUGAAAAAAUCAAUAAAGCUAAUUGAGCUAAACAAUUUGAAAAUAAUAAGCAUGUAUAGUAUGUUAAACAAAUUAUUUUCUCAUAGAGCCGAUAUAGCGUAAUAAAUUUAAAAAUAUGGGCUCACAUAUUGCGGGAGAUUAAUGGGACAUGAAAUAAAACCCGAAAAAAAUAUCAUGUAAUGUAGAUUUCCUGCCUAACUGCCAAGCAGAAUUUCAUUGAAGUGAGAACAGGUAACACCCAGAUAUAAGGCAAUCUAUAUGUAUUUACGUUGUUUGAUUUUAAGGAUAUGCAUGACCCUCAAUUACAUCAUCUAAAAAUC